AUGGGCGGCAGCCUGCCGAGUGCGUGCUCUGUUGUGUACCAUCAGGUGACAAAGGAGUCUCCUCAGCCACCCGUAGCAGAAGCUCUUGCUCCUGCCGAAGAAGGAACGGCCAGCACAUCCACAGCGCCAGUUGAGGAUUCUUUUGCGUCUUCGUCCAGGACUUCUGCUGCCUCGCAGCAACUACCUUCGGGAGUCACGCCGUCUCAGGAAAGUGGAUCAGCUGAGCAGUUGGCAUCUUCGACAGAGCUGCCUACUGACGCAACUGUCAUUUCCCACUUCAAGUGGCUCGGCGAGUUGUUUCCAGAUAUUCCAGAGAGCAUCCUGAGGACGCACCCAUUUUACCGCCACCCGGAAAAUGAGCAUAUACGCAUCUCAAGAUCAUUUAAUGCACGGUCAGCACGGUUACGUCCGCCAGCCCAGAAGAGUCCCGGCCCAGCUCUUACCGUGUGCAAGGAAAUACUGAAGAAGCUGUCGCUGUCCCCGCAGGAUUUGAUGCAACUUUUGAAACAAGCAGAACGCCUGUAUGGAUAUGCAAGCCAGACCAUGGCGUUGAACUACAGACGUGCCCAACCGCUGUACGCUAUAGAAACCCUGGGAGCGAUUUUUCUAGUUCUCGACACCCUCUAUUGUGCAGCAGAAGUACUCGGGGAUUACUCGAUGAAGCAGGAUUGGUGGCCCUCGAUAGUACAUCGCAUUGAAGCUGCAAGGUUCGUCCCCAAGAAAGAACACCUACGAUGUGAUAAAUCCGUGAGAAAUCUUCACAUCGCAUUGACUUUGGACGCGGCGCUAGAGUACUACAGAAAAGGCAUCCGCCCUCCACUUCUCAUGGUGAUAGGCUUAAAAGAAGCGCUUUUUUGUGGGCCGGGUUCGACUAGGUUCAAGUCCCCCCAAUGGGACCCGUGGCGACAAGACGCCGCGCAGUGGCGAGUGUCCAUACAGCCGAUUGUGGCAAGGAUCAAAUUGUCAACAGUUUCGAUGGGCGGAAAGGGAUGA